AUGGCGUCAAGAGGGCACCUCGAGGAAGCAAGAUGGAUGCUGGAGAGUAUGCCCGAGUGGGAGCUAUGGACCUGGAACUCGCUCCUUGCGGGAUAUACCCAACAAGGGCAUCUGGGCCUCGUUCAAGAAAUCCUCGCUCUCAUGCCCGAGAGAGACAUCGUCUCCUGGAACUCCAUCCUGGCGGCAUUCUCCCACCGCGGGAAUCUCCAGGAAUCCAAGAAGAUCUUCCAAUGGAACGUUGUGUCGUGGACGUCGGCGAUCUCCGCGUGUAGCCAGUCCGGCGAUGGAGCGCAAGCGAUUGAUCUCUUUCGUGAGAUGAUCCAGCACGGGCUUCUCCCUGACCAAGUUGCGUAUUUGAGUGCCUUGGUUGCUUGCAGCCACGCAGGGCGGCUUCGCGAGGGACGCGAGAUCUUCGUUUCAAUGAGCGGCGACUGUGGAGUCAAGCCUCAGCCCAGACACUACUGCUCGGUGCUGGAUCUUUUGGGACGGACUGGGAGAUUGAGCCAGGCGAGAGAGCUCCUGGAAACCAUGCCUUACGUCCCGGAUGGCGCUGCUGGCCGGGGAUUUCUCGACUCGCAAAGGAGUCGGCAUGGUUUGAGCUCGUCAGACUGCGCAGUUUUGGGAAGCAUUCUUGUUGCGGAAAAGGCUGUGCCAACUUGA